AUGACGGUUCGAAUUCCAAUGCCUGAAGUUGACAGAGGACGAGAAGAUGCCAGAUCCAUUCUUGCUAUUGUUAUGGAAGAAAUUAGUCAAGGAUUUCAUCGAUUGGGAACAAGAAUAGGUGCCUCAAACAGUUAUAUUGCAGGAAACACUGUAAAAUUAUUACCAGACAGAGGAACGUAUUUAAUGUGCACCACAAAGAUGUACGAAUAUGAUAUAAAGUUGCUUUAUUUUCUGACUAUAAUCGUAACAGCAGUGGCAAGAAAUGUUAAUUAUCACCUUGAAGAUUUGUUAAAUCCUAAUUUGUUCGAAGGAGAUAUCAUUGGAAUAAAGAAUAACGAUGUAAGAAAUGCUAUAACAAAUCGUAACUUAAAAUGGCCUAAUGGAAUCGUUCCUUACAUCAUCGAUCCUUCUUUGGCGAAUGUAACUAAUCGAAUAAAAGAAGCUAUGGAUGAAAUAACUGGAACAACAUGCAUUAAAUUCGUACCAAGAACUACUGAAGAAAAUUACGUUCGGUUUUUCAGGGGAGAAGGUUGUUAUUCUAAAGUUGGACGUAAUGGAGGAUCUCAACCGAUAUCUUUAGGAAGAGGAUGCCACGUGAAGAAUAUUAUCGUUCACGAAAUUGGUCACGCUCUUGGUUUCUAUCACGAACACAGUCGCUCCGAUAGAGAUUCGUAUCUAAUAAUACAUUGGGAUAAUAUUCGAACGAAUAUGGCAUCACAGUUUAGAAAACUUCAGCCAAAUCAGAAUAUACUCUUUAAUAAUUUUGAUAUUAAUUCUAUUAUGCUUUAUGGUGAAACAGCAUUUUCUAAAGAUGGCGUUUCUAAGACAAUAUCGUCCAAAUCAGGAGUAAGACUAAAGAAAACAAAUGAGAAACCAGGUUUAUCUACUAGUGAUAUCUCGCGCAUUAAAGCAUUGUAUGAAUGUUAA